GUACGGCGAGCGAUAAAGCCCAAAAGUUACGAGUUAUCCUUAAACCCGCUUGUCUGUCCCUGUCCAAAAUGUCAGCUACUCGGUACCGUCGGUUCCUUAAGCUGUGUGAGGAAUGGCCGAGAGAUGAGUCCAAAAAGGGCCGAGACUUAGGGACGUUUCUUAGGCAGAGGGUGGCCGCGGCUUUCCGUGAGGGUGAAAGCACACAGAUCUCAGAUCCAGAAAAGUGUGACCAAAUAUAUGAAAGUUUGGCCCGCAUUAACGGCAACGUAUACAGACAGAAAUUCCCCCGUGUAAGAGACACAAGCUUUACUGGGGUUACAGUGGAAGAAUGCAAAGUAUUUUUGACAGGGAGUGCGACACAAAUGGACGAACAAAAAAAAGGGUUGUGGAAGACGCUGAUGCAGAGAUUUUCCUCAAAGCCAGAAGAUGUUCCAGAAAAGUCUCCUGAAAAAUAAUAUUGUUCUUUUUGUCUCAUUGUGUGUAUGGAAAUAAAGCUGUUUAUUGGUAUCUUGA